ACAGGCGCAGAAGAAGAAGGGAGGCGUUAAGGGGCGGGGCCUGGCUGGAGGUAAAACCAGAUUCUGUUGCUUCGGUACUUUUUAAAUCUUCAUUCCGCGGCUCUGAGCGGAAUAAAAACUGGAGCUGUAGCUGCAGACGGACAAAAGAAAAGAAACAUGGACGGAGGUGAAGAACAAACCACAGGCAGCACCACUAAUGGAACUCCUCAGACCGGUGGGAACUCUCGUGCACCUCAGAUAGCGCACAUGUCUCUGUAUGAGAGGCAGGCUGUACAGGCCCUUCAGGCUCUGCAGAGGCAGCCUCAGGCAGCUCAGUACUUCCAGCAUCUGAUGCUGCAGCAGCAGAUCAGCAGCGCACAAUUCCACAACCUGGCCGCAGUGCAACAGGCCACGCUCGCUGCCAGCCGCCAGUCCAACACUCCCAGUAACAGCAUGCCCCAAGUCGCCACCACUGUGAACAUCAGCACCACGUCAGCAGGAGGAACAACGAGCAGCCCUCGUCCUCACGGUCCGGCUACGUCUGCUACGACCACCGCCCUGAACCAGUCGGUGCUGCUGGGAGGAAACUCUGCAGGACAGGGACCCAUGUUUCUCAGGGCUCUCAGGGCUCCUCUCGCCUCUCAGCUCAUCUUCAUGCCCGGUGGAACGGCAACGGCUACCGUGGCAACGGUUGCUCAGACUCCGCCACAGCAACAGCAGCAGCAACACGAGGGAGCUUCUACCACCACCCAGUCUGACAACGACCAGGUCCAGAACCUGGCUCUCCAAUGUGCGUCCACUCCUAAAGCUGCCGCCGUAAAGUCGGAGCUUCCAGAGAGGAAGGACGGUUUUGCGGUCGGCCAACAGCAGAGCUUCCCUCAGACGGCUCAGCAGCAGCAGGUCCAGCCUCAGCAGCAGCAGAUCUCCAAAGCCAGCUUCCCCCAGCAGACCAGCUCCAGCCCCCUGACCGUGAAGACCGUCACUCCUGCCGCCUCUGUAGCUCCGUCCUCCUCCUCCUCCACGGCUCUGCCCCUCUCCCAGCUCCUCCUGUCCUCCUCCGCCGCCCCUGUCAUCCUGGUGCCCACCUCCAGCGUGCCCACCUCCACCCAGGGCUACCCCAUCGGCUCGGUGGCGCCCAAAGCCAACGUCAACACUCAGACCCUGGUGGUCCAGCCGCUGCAGCAGGCCAGCGCCAACGUGGACAAAGGUCCGGUCCCCAUCCAGCCCAAGACGGCUCAGGGACACCGGCUACCGGUGCAGCUGCCCCCCCGACACCCUCCCCUCCUCCCGGCCCCUCCCAGUAACAGCCAGGUGACCUCCGGGGGCCACGGCGCUCCUCACAUCCCUGUGCAGCUGGUGGGAGCCAGGCAGGGCCUAUCCGGCAGCGCUCAGGCUGUAGCUCUGGCUCUGGGUCGGACCACCACCAGCAGCAGCAGCCAGGACGGUCCGUCUGGAGCUCCAGUCAACAACACUGCUGUGAUGAAGCCUGCUGUUGGCUCUCUGAAGAGGAAAUCUGACUGUGAUGCAGUGAAUGAGAUGACGGAACCUUCAGACUGUGCAGCUGUGAAGGAUUCUGCUCCUCCUUUGUCUCCAGCACCCACCAAGGACUCAGCUCCUCCGGUAGAAGCUGCCUUCUCCUCUCCUCCCACCCUCUCACUGCCUCUCCCUCUGUCCAGAGUUGGAGAUAAAGCUCCGGUUCCUCAGGCGGUGGUCAAACCUCAGGUUCUCACUCACCUCAUCGAGGGCUUUGUGAUCCAGGAGGGAGCCGAGCCUUUCCCCGUCGCCGGACUCCUCAAAGACAGAGACUUUGCUCUGGUGGGCCGAACAGAGAACGGACCUCCCUUGUUGAAGUGUGAGUACUGUGGAAGCCUCGCUCCUGCCAGCCAGUUCAGAGGAUCCAAGAGGUUCUGCUCCAACACCUGCGCUAAGAGGUACAACGUGAGCUGCAGUCAGCACUUUAAGAGCAGCAGAGGAAGAGCUGCAGGUCAGACGGCGGCGGCAGCUCCAGCUCCUUCAGAGAGUUCAGCCAGAAGAAGAGGUUCAUCACGCAGGAGCAGCUCCAACAUCUCCUCCAGCAAGACGUCCAGCAAGCAUCUACCGGUCAAGUGUCACUCCGAGUCCAGUCGCUCUGAGGACGCCUCCAGCGACGGUGAGGAAGAGGAGGACGACUCUCCUUCGCUGUCUCCCAGCUCCUCCCACUCCUGCCGGGCCGACCUCAGCGCCCCUCAGUCCGACAGCUCGGCGCCGGGAAGCCUCCCACCAGAGGGCGCCAGCUUCCUGUCUGCCACGCCGGCCCAGUGGAGCGUAGAGGAAGUCUGCAGGUUCAUCUCCUCACUGCAAGGCUGCGAGGAGCUGGCCGCUCAGUUCCUGUCGCAGGAGAUCGACGGCCAGGCUCUGCUGCUGCUGCGAGAGGACCACCUCAUCUCCACCAUGAACAUCAAGCUGGGACCCGCUCUGAAGAUCUGCGCCUCCAUCAACGGCCUGCGGGAGUGAAGCUGAGGGGCACUGGGACCCUGAAGCAGCCUGAGGUCCUGGAGGACGGUCAGGUCAGAUGUUUACUGUCAGGACUGUGAAUGUGAGACUGGAGCUCCUCGCUGGUUUGUUCUCGGUGCUACGUCGGUUCCUCCAGAUCGGGAACGUUGCCUUCUUGCUGUUCUCCAAACGGUGCUUUGACUUCAGCGACCACGUGGAGGUUCAGUCCGUUCAUUUCUUCUUUUAGCUGUGUUUUGUUUUUGUUUUUUCAGGAGAACCGGACUCUCUCUCCGCCUGGUGGUUUUUUAGUUCCUUUAGCAGCUGUUGAAGUUUAGUUUUUUGUGGUUUUACCAUUUUCUACUACAAUCAGAAUUAUUUUUCCAUGGAUACGGUGUAGUUUUAGCAGCUUUAAUCAACCUAACUACCUGAAAUAGGUGUUCCUCAUGGCUGGCUCUGUAAGGGUCUGUACAUGGAUGCAGUACUACCAAUAAAUAAAACCAGUUACUGCAGGAA